AUGAUAAAACUCUUAGAUUCUAGAUAUGAAAUACCAAGCAGACCAUUCAGUAGGACAAUUAUUCCAGAUAUUAUGGAAAGAGUGAAAACUAAUGUCCAGACUGUAUUGAAUGAAGAGGGUCAUGUUGCAAUAACAACUGAUAUAUGGACUUCAAUGAACAUCGACUCCUUCAUGACGUUAACUGCUCUCUUUGUUCACACUAAUUUAAGAGAACUAAAAACUGUAGUUCUUUGUACUAAAAAAUUGGUGUCGAACUAUACUUUUAUAAAUCUAUCGGAAGUAAUUAAUCAAGAACUGGUAGAUUGGAAAAUAUUAAAUAAAGUAUUUGCAAUUGUAACAGAUGGUGGUGCUAAUAUUAAAUUAACCGUCCGAAUUUUGGAUAUUCCUCAUAUUCCAUGCACGGCUCACCGGUUAAAUUUAAUAGUACAACAAUCACUUUAG